UUAAUGGGGAACCUGGCUGCAUGUUAUUAAAGUGUCAUGUAAAUGCAUCAUAAUGCUCAUUACAGACGUUCAGAUUUAUAGUAUUAUUUAAAUUACAAAACCUCUUCAGACUGUACUGUUUUUGGUACAGUAGCUACCGUUACUCAGUCAACCACAGGCAGCAGGGCAGGGGAAGGGAGGACUGACGACGAGGGAAAGUGGGGAGAGAGGAAGAACUCGUGGCCUGCCUGCCUGACCUACUACCAUAUUUUUUCAUGCAAAGAAACUGCACGAUCAAGAACCCCUGUUUUUGGUCCCCCAAAUCGACUCUGGCCCGGGCCUCACUCAGUCCGCGGUCUUGAGUUGGGUAGCAGGGGUGAUUGAAGCACGUCUAUCGGUGUCACAGCGCGUCUUUUCCACCAAGGAGGCAGUCAUGGGCGACAGCAGAGAUUCCCGCAGCCCAGACAGCUCCUCUGUGUCCUCCCCUCCCUCGGGCCUGCACUCACCCCCCCUGACCCCCACAGCUGCCGCCAUGACGUCUCUGCCGCCCUUCACCUCGGACGUCAACAGCCCCACCAGCAGCAUGGGCUCGCCCUUCUCUGUCAUCAGCUCCUCUUUGGGGUCGCCAUGCCUGCCCGGGACACCCUCGGUGGGCUACGGCCCCAUUAGCAGCCCCCAGAUCAACUCCACAGUGUCCAUGUCGGGACUGCACGCGGUCAGCAGCUCGGACGACGUGAAGCCUCCGUUCGGGCUGGGGGGCCACAGCCCAGGGGGCCCCAUGCUCUCCCAGAAGCGCCUGUGUGCCAUCUGCGGCGACCGCUCCUCCGGUAAGCACUACGGAGUGUACAGCUGCGAAGGCUGCAAGGGUUUCUUCAAGCGCACGGUGCGCAAGGACCUGAGCUACACCUGCCGGGACAACAAGGACUGCCUGGUGGACAAGCGCCAGCGCAACCGCUGCCAGUACUGCCGCUACCAGAAGUGCCUGGCCUGUGGCAUGAAGAGGGAAGUGGUCCAAGAUGAACGACAGAGAUGUAAGGAGGAAAGGAGGGAGGGAAGGAGUGAUGGGGGAGAGUCCGUGCAGGAAGAGCGCCAGAGGAACAAAGAGCGGGAGAGUGAGGCGGAGUCGACCAGCGCCGUCAACGAGGAGAUGCCCGUGGAAAAGAUCCUGGAGGCCGAGAUGGCCGUGGAGCAGAAGACCGAGGUGCAUGCCGACGGGACCUCCGAGGGCAGCUCGGUAAAUCCCAAUGACCCGGUCACCAACAUUUGCCAGGCUGCAGACAAGCAGCUGUUUACCCUGGUGGAGUGGGCCAAGAGGGUCCCCCACUUCUCUGAGCUGGCCCUGGACGACCAGGUCAUCCUGCUACGCGCCGGUUGGAACGAGCUGCUGAUUGCCUCUUUCUCUCACCGCUCCAUCAGCGUGAAAGAUGGCAUCCUACUGGCCACCGGCCUGCAUGUGCACAGGAACAGCGCCCACAGCGCUGGCGUUGGAGCCAUCUUCGACAGGGAGAGUGCGCACAAUGCAGAGGUUGGGGCCAUAUUUGACAGAGUUCUCACUGAGCUAGUCAGUAAGAUGAGAGACAUGCAGAUGGACAAGACCGAGCUCGGGUGCCUCCGAGCCAUCAUCCUCUUCAACCCGGAUGCCAAGGGCCUGUCCAGCUCCAGUGAAGUGGAAUUGCUGAGGGAGAAGGUGUACGCAUCGCUGGAGUCCUAUUGUAAACAGAGAUACCCCGACCAGCAGGGCAGGUUCGCUAAGCUCCUCCUCCGGCUGCCAGCGCUACGCUCCAUUGGCCUGAAGUGCCUGGAGCACCUGUUCUUCUUCAAGCUGAUUGGUGACACCCCUAUCGACACAUUCCUCAUGGAGAUGCUGGAGGCGCCCCACCAGCUGACCUAGGAACCAGGUUCUGCUCUGGUCCAUCAGGGAUUCUAGUUCUGGCACCCUGGUUCUGGGACUUCACCAUGUCUGCUGGUUUUGACGUCCCACUCACACAAACCCCACAACCACUUCUUCACUCAUUAAAUCCCCCCAAGCUGAUACAGCUCUCCAAAAGACCAUGUGCUGUAAAAAACAAACACUUUUUCCAACACGCACACAGAAACACAUACUUUUUUCACAGUAGGGGUUAAGACACAUGGAAAUAUCUCAUUUUUAACCACAAGUUUUAUCAUGAGUUAGCCUUCAGUUUGUAGCCUUCAGCUUUGUGUGUAAACGCUUCUGCGAUAUCCGGUAGACCUCUUAGCUUCUUGUGGGGUUCGUAGGUUAUUCAGAUACAUUGCUGUACGCAUAGAUAUGACGAGUGGCUUACUCCGCCUUUGGUUUUACUCUUGGGUUUACCCCAAACCCGUCGUAAUCAGUUGUGUAAUAUUUCAAUCAAGUUUCCCAACUUUUCCAGCUUCUAUUGGUCGGGACACAACCAACGGAGGCAGACGCGGCCCUCUCAGUUCACCAAUCCGAAUGUGAUUUGAAUACGAUGCUUUAUUCACGCUGAAAUGCGCUGAAUUUGUUUUGAAGUACUGUACUCAUAUAAUGAGACCUUUUUAAGGCAUUGAAAUCCAAGAAGGGGGCACUUUGUUUGGCCCUUCUUAAAGCUCACACCAGGCUUUCAAUGAAAUAAAGUGACUUAUAGGA